AUGGCGCGACGCAGCGCGGCGAGCUGGGCUGGCCUUUUGCAGGGGCAGCGCCAGCUGCUGACGGCGAUGGGUGGGCACGCCGACUCGGCUGGGCCAUCGCUCGAGCAGAGGACGACCUCCUCGAUGUGCGAGAGGAGCACAGUCAGCCUCUGGUCGGAGGCGAGGGACUUGGCGAUGAUAACGUCGGCAGCAUGCGCGGCUGGCAUGGCCGGCGCGCUGCUCGGGGGGCAAGCCGUCAUGAGCCGCUGUCGCCGCGCAGAUCGGCGCGAGCAGUCGCUCGAGGGGCUCUACUGGCUGGCGGUGCUCAAGGGGAAGGCGUACACGCUGGCCGAGGACACGGUCGUCAACACUGACACCAUCCCCGCGGGCUAUCUCGUGGUCAAGGCGCAUUGGCUCAGGCUCGAGCAACGCGAGUGCGAGGGCAAGCUUCGCUCCUACACGCUGCUCGAGGCCGAGACGCUCAUCAUCGUGAAUCACAUGGUGCGGCUGGCGGGCUUGCGCUUCUCGCCCGGCCCGGGCGGCCCUGCGGACCGCCAGCUGAGGAGCGCGCGCGAGAAGCUCUUUUAUAUUGGCCUAUAG